AUUUAAUAGUAUACAAGUAUUUAUUGAAUGGCUUUGUGGAUGGAUCUCCUAUCAUUUUAUAGCUUGUGAUAGUUACAAUAUAAUUCAUAACAAAUACGAAUGUUAUAAUAGUUAAAUAGUAGUAUAAUAUAAUCUUUAUUUUUUUUAUCACCGUUUAAGUAUAUUAUAUCCUUAUUAAAAAAAAUCAUGAUCACCUGGCGUUUUAGUUCACUAUGGGUUUUCGUGAAACUAUAUGAGUUACGGUGUAUAAUAUCAUAAUAUGGUUAGGUUGAUGUAUCUGGCAGUAGUUAUGUAGCGUAGUGCGUAAGUUAUAGAUGGAUAAAAACGGGUAGUUCGUGACUAAAGCGUUAAAUCGCGGAGCACGAAUCACAAAAAAUACGUUUGUAUUUCGCAAUCGUAUUUAGUAAGGUACAAGUUUUUUUUUUAUUGUUAUUGUAGAUCGCGAUCAUUAUUAUUAUCGUAAUUAUAUUAUAAACUGUCGUUUCGCAGUUCGAAACACACCACCACCGUGGUCGUCGUCGGACCGAUAUCGAAAAGUAAACAGAGAUCACGUAUAAAACACAUCGGUAAGCGGUCUGAAAUAUUUGAAUCGAAUUAUUAACCAGAAACGGGACGAUACUGUGCAUUAUAAUAACUGUUGGAGUGGAAUAAGUUAAUGAAUUGCCUCCACGGAAGAAAAUACACCUGGGAAUUGCAUCGGGCUCGACGACUAUAACAAUACUACGCAAAUUCAGAAGUCAACCAUCUUUUUUCGCAUACAAGUGCGUGCUCAUAAAAGAGACGUUUUAAUUUAAAUUUAAUCGCGCGUUAAAAAUAAUCACCAUUAAAAUGUAUAUUACUGCUGUAGCAGUGUGGUCGGAUAGUAGCAGUAAUAUGGUUAUUAUUGCCAUUAUUGUUAUUAUACUAAAACUAUACUAUAGUAAUAAUAUUGAACUGAUAUCGCCGAUUCACGAUAAAAACGACCGAACGUUUCCAGAAAAAAAGAGGAAUAACCAAUCGAAAUUCCUAUUCAGAAACCUUUUCGUCCUCAGAAGUCAGUCGUUUACUGUGAUGUACAUUGCUACAGGACUUGAACUAGAAAAAUCUUUAAAUAUAGCUCUGGAAACUGGUUAUAGGUUCAUCGACACAGCCAUUGGUUACAACAAUGAACCAAUUAUCGGAAAAGUUUUGAAUGAAUGGAUAUCAGCUGGUAAAGUGACUAGAGACGAAUUAUUCAUCCUAACUAAACUUCCGUGUUAUGGAAAUCGACCUGAAGAUGUAGAUAAAUUUAUUAAACAAUCACUACACGACUUACAGCUAGAUUAUAUUGAUAUGUAUCUGGUACACCUUCCAAUUGGUCUUUUUAAAAAUGGUAAAUCUGAGUACAGUGAGAUGGAGUUAGAUAAAAGCACGGAUCACCUAAAAAUUUGGAAGAAAAUGGAGGAACAAGUGCACAAUGGCCGUACGAAAUCGAUCGGUUUGUCGAACUUCAAUAUUAAACAAACACAAAGGAUAAUAGAUAAUUGCAAAAUUAGACCCGAUAGUCUCCAGAACGAAAAUCAUUUGUACUUUCAAUCUCCAGAUGUAGUGGAAUUUUGCAAACAUAAUGGUAUAAUCUUAAUCUCAUACUCGAGUCUGGGCAUGAAAGCAUUUAGAGAAGCAGCGGGAUUAUCUUGGAACAAUAAACAGUUACCAGAAAUGUUGGAGAACGAUGUAUUGGUCAAGAUAGCAAAAAAGCAUAGCAAGACUCCAGCUCAGGUGUUGUUGCGGUUUAUCAAUCAAAAAGGUAUAUCUGUCAUACCCAAAAGCACGUGCCCACGACGAAUAAUGGAAAAUUUUCAAAUUUUCGAUUUUAAAUUGAAUACGGAAGACAUGGACGCUCUACGCAAUCAAGACGAUGGGGAAGCAGGCCGUAUCGUACGAUUUCAAAUGAUUAAAAAUAUUGAAGAUCACCCAGAAUAUCCAUUUUGAUCCUGUAUAGAUAAUUAAUUGUCUUUAACACAAAGUAUUUAUAAUUUCUGAAUAAAAAUAAUAAAAUGUAGUCAA